AUGAAAAAGGAUUUGAAAGGAGAAAAAUUUAGAAAUAAAGCUUUGUAAUAAAUAAAAAAUAUGAAUCCUUAAAUUUUAGAGUAGUUUCAAGAAAUUUAAGUAGAAUAAGAUAUAGUUUCCGAGGAUAUUUAACUUUUAGAUGAUUUUAUAAAAAUGGGAUAAUAAGAACCUAAUGAAGAAGGAACUGGAAGAAUUUAAAUAAAAAAGAAUUUUGAUACAAUUGGUAUAAUCAAUUUAAGCCUUGAAAAAUCAGUAAAUUUAAAUGAUAUCAAAUAAUGGAUAAAUACAUAUAUAGGGUUAAAAGUAAACAUUCUUAAUUUGAAAUUGGUUUUGUACUAUGAAAAAAACUUAUAUUAUAUUGAAGAUUUAAAGAAUAAAAAAAAGUACAAAUUAAAAAGAAAUAAAUAUGAAUCUAUAGAUGUAUUUAGUAUUUUCGAUGUUUUAAUAUAAAUUAAACCAUAACAUAUUUGUAGUUUAAUAGCAAUCAUUGAUUAAAAUAUCUUUGAUCCAUUAGAACCAGAAUCAAAUAUUUUAGGAAGAGCAUGUGGAGAUGGAGUUUGUGUUGUUUAAUUUUAAGAUAAUAAAAAAGAGUUUUAUGGUACUAUAGUUCAUGAAUUGAUGCAUACACUUGGAUUUGAUCAUUGUUAUUUAUGGAAUUGUUUAAUGAAUGAAACUGUUGAUUGUUGUAGUAUAAAUUUAUGUAUAAAUGACUUGGAAAAACUCUUUUUGAUUAAAAAAUAUGAUAAAAUUAAGCGAUAUAAAUGCUUACUAAGUUUUUAUAUGAAAGAAGGAUUUAAGGAGGAAAUUUUGUGGGUUUAGAAAAUGAUAAAGCUAUAUGAAAGCUAAAAUUAAUUAAAUUGA